UUUAACGGGUCUCCAACAUUGCCUUGGUGUCUGUGCGCGUUGACAGAUCAAUGCGACUGUAUUGCAUACGCUGUCGCUUCUUUUUCGGCCACUUCUGAUUCGUGCGUCUGUUUAACGUCUAAGGUAAUUGAUCGCUGAAUCGGAUUAAUCCCAACAGAAGACAGCAAACGCCAGCUCUGCCGCGGAUGCACUUCGGGUGAACUUUUCUCCGCGCUGAACAUCGCAGUCACUCCGUCUCCACGUCUCGCAGAAUGGCUGAGAAACGACGCUCUCCGUGCACUAUGAGUCUAAAGGCGCACGCGUUCUCGGUGGAAGCGCUUAUUGGCGCGGAGAAAAGGCAAAAGCUCGAAGAAGGUGAUACCGAAAGCUGCUUCGAAGACGUACAUGAAGUUUCGAGCUUGGCCGGGAGCCCACAGCUGCGAGCGGAGAGAACGUGCGGCGAUCCGAGCUGUGAACUAGACUGUGCCAGCGAAGACUCUCCGGAGUGCGAGGAUGUGUCGUUAGACAGUCCUCGCCCUGUGUCGCGGAACUCGCAGCUGCUCGUGCCCCCGACAGUCACGGGGCCUGGCGAUGAGAUGCGCGUGGACCUCCAAGGCUCGGAUCUGUGGAAACGGUUCCAUGAAAUCGGCACGGAAAUGAUCAUCACCAAGGCGGGCAGGCGAAUGUUCCCCGCAAUGCGCGUGAAAAUGACGGGACUGGAUCCUCACCAGCAGUACUACAUCGCAAUGGACAUCAUACCCGUAGACAACAAACGUUACAGGUACGUGUACCACAGUUCCAAAUGGAUGGUAGCGGGAAAUGCGGAUUCGCCGGUGCCGCCGCGUGUUUACAUCCAUCCGGAUUCUCCUGCUUCCGGGGAGACGUGGAUGCGUCAGGUCGUUAGCUUCGACAAACUGAAGCUGACGAAUAAUGAGCUGGAUGACCAAGGCCACAUCAUCCUGCACUCCAUGCACAAGUACCAGCCCCGUGUGCACAUCAUCCGUAAGGAGUGCGGAGAGGAGCUUUCUCCUGUUAAGGUCAUCCCCACUGGCGACGGGGUCAGAGCGUUCUCCUUCACUGAAACAGUGUUCACUACAGUCACGGCUUACCAGAACCAGCAGAUCACAAGACUGAAAAUAGACAGAAAUCCAUUUGCAAAAGGGUUCAGAGACUCUGGGAGAAACAGGAUGGGUCUGGAGGCCUUGGUAGAGUCCUACGCUUUCUGGAGGCCUUCGCUGAGGACACUCACCUUUGAGGACAUACCAGGAAUGACCAAACAAGGUGCAGCUGGGUCUCAUGGGAUGGCGGGGUCUUCGACACACACACACUUACUCUCCACGUCAUCAUGCCCCCCUCCGGCUUUCCAUCUGGCCCCAGGAUCGGGGCCUGUGUGUGACUACUCGGCCUGCGGUCGAACGAGCCAUGCUCUUCAUCGGUUUGCCACUCCCCUCACUGCAGAGUCUUACAGCCGAUUGGCUAGCCCUGCAGCCGAUGCGUUUUCCUCUACCAGAAACCCCGCCUACGUGGGCGGGACAGACAGUGAGGCUUUCCCCUGCACACAGACUGGUCUCCCCAUCCAAAUCCCUGGCAUGCCUGGCCAUGCACCCCAGCUCCAGUAUCUCAUGCCAAGCCCCACCCACAGUACCUUCUCUGCCAAUCAGAGUACACAGAGCUCAUAUAACGGUUUCCGCCUGCAUAGUCCGUAUGGUCUAUAUGGAUACAACUUUUCCACCUCACCACGAUUGGCUGCGAGUCCUGACAAGAUGGCUGCCACGCAAAGCACUGUCCUGGGCUCAUCCCCUAGUGGCACUAUGACAGACAGACAGGUUCUGUCUCCUGUGGAUGGUCUGCACCUGCUCAGUACUAGUCAGAAUUCUCUCUUUGACUCACGGACAUUAGGGCUAUCGAGCUCUGCCUCUCAGGUCACUGCUCACAUGGCCUGACCUAUGAACCCUGACCCACCCAGCCCGCAGAUAAGACGGGUGGAAUAGAAUUCUUUGGUGGUUGCUCUCUUUCAUAAAGACUGAUUGGAAAAUAUUGACAAGUUAUCAACAACGCUAAGGAGCGAUAUUAUGUACUUAUGGCAUAUCCUGCCAUCCGUCUGAAGAGCAGAGUGUGACGGAUGCAAAAGGCAAAACAGGAUAAACAAAGAGACAGUUUACAGUGUUCAUUAUUUCAAGCCUUACUGUCUGCUGAAGGCGACAUUGAGACCAUGGAUGUGUUUUAAUAGCUUUCCUUCUUUUAAAAAAGCUUAUUGGAUUCUGUGCAUCAGAACUGAUGACUGAUGGAAUAAAGGGAGCCCAUAAUACCUACAAUGUGAGAAUAGCUGAGGCAUUUCUGCCAUGAAUUAGGACAGAGCUGGACACACAGAGCAAAACUGGAUACCAAGCCUGCCUUAAGGAGAGCUUUGGAGGUUUCUCACUCUCUUUUUCUCUCUCUCGCUCUCUCUUACACACACAAACACACACAUACACACACAUUUCAAACACUCCCAAAACCAGAUGCCAAAAAAUCCUACUUCUCCAUACUGAGAGGAAGAGUUGAUACUCAUCCGAGUGUAUUUCUGGGAGAGACUCCUGCUAGGGGCCGACCCAGAACAAGGACUCGUUUCCCUGGAAACUGAGCAGCGGGAAGCCCAAGAGAGCCGAGUGAGUAGGAGGUCAGCGUCCCUGCACCACUGGGAUCUGGGAGCCAAACCAAACGUGCAGUUUCACUGGAACUGGUUCAGCCUUCGGCUCUCAGGCCAGUUGUUAUUAGUAAAGCCUGCACGCCUGCACGGCAGAGAUCAGCAGCACACUGCCCUGGGCUACAGCCGGACGCCCAGAUUUAGCUCUUCCAGUGCUUAUGACCUCAUCCGCACAUCCAUUCAUAACAGUUUCUGAAGCUUAACCUGAAAUUGAAAGUGAUACUGCAAAAAACAGCAACACCAACCCUGGACUUUGUAUUUACAACGUUGUGCUUUUUUGCUUUAUAUAUAUUUUACUCUGGAUUUGGCUUUUGCAUAGAUACCAUUCCACAGGCAAGUGGAAAUAUGAUCAGUGCUUCUCCUGGCUGAUUCGUAAACACAGGCCAUACCAUUGUUAAACAUGCAUACAAAGACAAAUACCGGGUUUGGCAGUGCCCCACCAGAUGUCUCAACUGAUCCUGGGUCAGCUUCCAGUAGCGCUUUUACUGAACUGGAGCCGAAAUGUCAAGCUUCAACGAUUGAAAAACACAGCAUUUUUUUUCUCUUGCAGACAUACUGUAUUAGCUUUGAUAUGUCUGUUUUUCUUUUCUAAGCCAUUCUAUAUAAAUAAUGAAACCAUGCAUAUUAAUGUUAUCAUUGGAAGAGCUCACUCAUGCACUUAAAGCUCAUUUACAUAAUUGUUUAUUUUUUCUUUUUCCUU